AUGGCUUCGACCCAGCUGCUCUACGCUCUCAGUUUCGCGGUGGCUCUCCUUCAUCUGGCGGGCCGGGCUCAGGCGCUUACCAUCGACGAGAUCAACCGGCUGACGCCUAACCUAACCCUGGGCGCGCCAGAGCUUAACCUCUUUGACAUGGGGUUAACCGGGGGGAUCCCCCCGGAGCUGGGCGACUUUACUUUCCUCACCGGGAUCGACUUGUCGGGCAAUAACCUGACCGGAGAGAUUCCCCGGGCGCUUGGGAAUCUGGUCAACCUCACAUCCCUCAUUCUGGCCGACAAUCUGCUAACCGGGUUUGAAAACCCGGUCACAAACGAAAGCAGGGCCGGCACCUUGCCCCUCCCUGACCUGGGCAGCCUCCGAAACCUGGUUUACUGUAACCUCUCCCUUAACCUGAUUGAGGGGGAGAUCCCCGCCAGCAUUGGGGCGUGGUCGAGCCUCGAAGGGCUCGACAUGUCGGACAACCUUUUGACGGGGGGCAUACCGCUCGGUUUGGAUAACCUGCGCAAAUUGGUUUACCUUAACCUGCGGGAGAACCUACUUUCGGGCCCGGUCAUCCGCCAACUCGCAAGUCUCCCUAACCUCCGGUUCCUUUACCUCGCCGGCAAUUUGUUAACCGGCGCUUUGCCCGCGGAGAUCGGCCGACUGUCGAGGCUGACCGGCCUCUUCCUGCAGCGGAACAAGCUUUCCGGCCCGAUUCCGGCGGAACUAGGCCGGCUCUCGCUGCUCCAAGGCCUGUCGCUCGCGAACAACCGGUUCGCGGGGCCUAUUCCCCCCGGGCUCGGAAACCUGACCAGCCUCGUCGGCCUCGAUCUCAGCAGCAACCUCCUGACCGGCGGGAUCCCUCCUGGCGUGGCCGCCCUGCCACGUGUUGGCAUCCUGUCGCUUGCGGGCAACCUUCUGGACGGUCCCAUCCCGGUGUCGAUCGGCGGCGCGUUGCAGCUCCAACGGCUGAACCUCUCAUCCAACGCGCUCAGCGGAACCAUCCCGGGCGCUCUGGGCGGCCUUCCGGCGCUCGAACGGCUGGACCUGAGCAGCAACAACCUGGCCGGGGGGAUCCCCCCGGAGCUGUCCAACCUGAAAACCCUCCAGUGGCUGUUUCUCGGGAACAACAGCCUCUCCGGGCAGAUCCCGGCGGGCUUCAACCGGCUGACCAGCCUGCGUUUUCUGGUCGCGCCCCACAACAACUUGAGCGGCCCCAUACCGGCGGACCUUGGGGGAUCCCCCAGCCGCCUCUUGGAUUUGGAGCUGGGGACGAAUCGCCUGACCGGGUCCAUCCCCCCCCCUGAGAACUUCCCCGACCUAGUCCUUCUGUAUCUCCAGGAGAACGAGCUGACCGGGGGGAUCCCUCCCGGGCUGGGCCGCUUACCGAAGCUCAGGGCCAUCAACCUGAGCUAUAACCUUCUGACCGGAGGGAUCCCCCGAGAGCUCGGCAGCCUCGCCUCCCUCACCUCCCUCGCGCUCGCGGCCAAUUUUCUGACGGGCCCGAUUCCGGAGGAGUUGGGCGACCUUUCGGCUCUGGUGUUCCUCGUACUGAACGCCAACAAUCUGACGGGCCCCAUUCCCCGCGCCCUCGGAGGAUUAUCCAACCUCGGGUGGUUGGAACUAUCGGAGAACCAGCUCUCGGGCCCACUUCCGGUGGAACUGGGCAACUUGCGAAACCUCGUCUUCUGGUUUUCGAGUUACAACCAGCUCUCGGGGCCUCUUCCCGGGGCGCUUGCGAACAUGACCAGCCUCCAAGGGCUGUUGCUUUUGGGCAACCGGUUGUCGGGCCAGAUUCCCCCCGGGCUUGGAGGCCUCGCACAACUACAGUACCUGUUUCUUCAGGGGAACCAGCUGUCCGGCCCCUUGCCGAACGCGCUUUGCGGGGCGGUUGCGCUGCAAUCCGUGGCCUUCGCGAGCAACUUCCUCAACGGCUCGAUCCCAGAGUGCCUGGGAAACCUCCCCGAACUCCGUUUCUUGGCGCUGGACGAUAACGCCUUUUCGGGGGGGAUCCCCCCAACGCUGGCCUCCCAAGGAAAGCUCACCACUCUGUCGCUCCGAGGCAACCACCUGGAGGGGCCCAUACCCGCGGGUUUCGGCGGCCUGGUUAACCUAACCCUCCUAGCCCUCGCCGAGAACCGCCUCUCCGGUCCGAUCCCCCCCGCCCUCGCCGAUUCGCCCAACCUCUCCGUUCUGCUCCUGCAAGACAACGGACUAACAGGUGGCAUCCCCCCCAAACUCGGAAACCUGACUUCCUUAACCCGGCUUAGUUUGGGGAACAACCACCUAACCGGGCCGGUCCCUCCACAGCUCUCCGGCUUGAAAAAGCUCAAGUACCUGACCUUGAGCAACAACAGCCUGGAGGGCUUCUUGCCGAGCGAACUGGGGGCGCUAACCGACCUGGCUUACGCCCGGCUCAGCUACAACCCGAGCCAGCCAGAAAAACCGGACCUCUCUAAGGUUCCCCCCGGAUGCCAGUACUUGCGCCUGGAGGGAGGGGCCCUUUCCCAGAUCCGCUUCUGGCCCGCGUGCUCUUCGGACAACGGCUGCGUUCUCGACCUCACAGGAACCGGGUCAAAGCUAACCCGGGCGACUCGGAAGGAGGUUUGCCUCGGGAAGAUUGCCGUCUUCGUAUCCGGGGAGUCCCCCGAGUACAUCCCAGUGGGCAGAAGCACCCCCUCGAACCGGGAGAGGCGCUCCACUGCAUUGCCGGCCCUCCAGUCGGUUUUGAACGUUUUCGAGAUCGAGGGUCGCGACUAUUUCCUGGUUAACGGCGCGCCGGUUUACCUUAACGACACCGACUUCUUGGACAAGCUCGACUUCGGCCCGGAGAGCGCCGCAUACGUGGGCGUGGGGUAUACGAACGUGCGGCAGCGCAACCUGUGCCGUAACGCCAACGCGAAGCUUGUGGUGGCCGUUACGUGGGCGACGUUUGGCAUGCUCUUCCUCAUAUUGGUCAUCGGCUUAACCCUAUGGAGGUCAUGCGGGGCAGAUAACCAAACCCCGAAUCCCCCAAAAGAGAGGGCCGGUUGCCGGGCUUCGAUGGCAACGUAUUCCAAGGAUCUGGCGGCCAUUCCCACUUCGUUCUUUAUGCCCGUUCACAUCGGUCUCAAUAUCCUGGUGUUGAUCGACGUCUGGGGUGCUUGGCCUAUCGGGGGGCUCGGUUUCGCCUUCAAAUGGCCCCCCGAGCCGGCAAGUGUCCAGGCACGUGACAGAGCCGAUUCGUUGGGCAUCGGCCGCUUCGCUUAUGCGGUCCUCUUAUGGCCGUUUGGCGUGAUCGCAACGGUGGCGUUCGAUCUGCUGGCGCUGGUCGGACGCCUGGGGGGCCAUCUCACUGUGCGGGGCGCGCCUCUGAGCAUACGCUAUUACCAGGAGGCGCGCGGCUUAUUGCAGAUCGCCGUCGAGACGCUGCCCCAGUCCGUCUUCCAGUCGGCGCUUUACAUUCUGGGCAGCUCCCGCGCGACCAGGAUUUACGUGGACGACGUCACGUUUAUGUCGUCUAUCACCAUUUCUCUCGCCGGGAUUUUGGUCAACGUGGGCCUGCUUCUGAAGGAGGCGUUUGAGUCGGAUGAAGGGGUGACGCACUUUUGGACUCUGGUCAAGAAACGUUUCGAAGGGCUUGAGUCACUGGCGCAACUUGAGGCUGGCGAAUCAGGAGUUUCGCAGAAAGAUCUACAGGUGGAAGAGGCCGAUAAAUCCGUGGAGCUGGGUGUCUCGAGGCAGUACUCUUACGGUCGAAUGAAGUAG